GAAGUGGUCCGUCGGUUAAUUGUUUCCCCCGAAGCUGCGUUUAGAGUGCAGAUUCAUCUCCAGCACUCUGAUUAGCUGCUAUGACGCAUUGAAAAACCUUUUGCAGGAUCUGUUAUUUUAUUUUAUUUUUGUUAAUUAUUUCUUUUGCUACAGAAUUAGUACCGUGUUGUGGCUGACUUCGCUGAACUGUGAGAAAACAAGGCGCUUUAGAUUAGCAGGAAAUAGGACGUGAAGUGAGCUAGCUUAGCUGUGUGUGCUAACGUUGCUAUGGCGGAGGUAGCGGGGCCGUCCAGUGAGACGAUCACGGAGACGGUGCAGACGGGAACACCGCCGCCGCCCCAGCAGGACGGAAGAAGCCUGACCAUCAAGCUUCGAAAGAGGAAGACUGACAAAAAGGUCGAGUGGUCCAGUGACACGGUGGAUAACGAACACAUGGGUCGCAGGUCCUCGAAGUGUUGUUGCAUUUACGAGAAGCCCCGACAGUUUGGCGAGUCCUCCACAGAGAGCGAAGGAGAGGACGAGGAAGGAUGCGGUAGUGCGCACUGCAUUCUCGGCCACGGGAGAGGACACGGACAGAGAGGGGGAGGCGGCACCACUACGCCCCCCAGCUCCGGUGGAACAAACCCUCACUAAUCAGGAGUGAAAGAGCACUGAGCGGGAGGCAGAAAGGAAAAUGCAGGCCGGACAUGUUCAUAAUUUUACUCACAUUGAAAUAAAGUCACUGCGUUGCUGUGUUUCAGAUUGCCAUUCGAUGCAGAGUGGGAGCUUUUAGUUAAUGCAGGUUGAUUAUUUUGGAUUUUCUUUUUUUUUUUUUCUGCUGUCAUUGUGAUUAGUGAGAAAACCUCUGAAUGCUGUGGAGAUUUUUCUGGAUUUGAUGUACAUAGGACAUGGGUUUUAAUUUCUUUCUUUUUUUUUUGUAAAAUGUUUCUAUUUAUUUGUCUGCAACGUUAAGACCAGUUCUGUCUUGUUAUACUUUCUCAUUUUAAUGCAAGAAAAAGAAUCAAGAUGCCUUGAAUCAGUGAAGCUCGAGCCAGGGAUUAUAGUAAAGCUAAAAAUAAAAAAAAACCUCAGAUUGUUUAGCUGGUGAUUUAGAAAGCAGGGUCCAUUUCAAAGACUUGAGGUUGAAAAAGGCCAAGGUGCUCUGCUAACCGAGCAACAGACGGUAAUAUUACAGCUGGAGAAGACACAAGUGAACGCGUUAUUCGAGCUUAUAAAGACGUAAUGCGCUGCUUUUCUUGCAAAAUGUUUUUUCCUCAGUGAGUAAGUGAUGCACUUCACACAGUCCAAUGUUAAUGUUUUCACUGAUUUACAUGAACACGGUGAAUUAUUUUCUUCAUGUCAUCACGUUUCCUAGUGACACUACUGAUUCUUUUCUGACAAUCAGAUGAGUAAAGCUAAUAAAGGCAUUGUGCAUGUACAUACUAAUGGCAGAAAGCUUCCCAGUGGCGCUGAAAUUACAUUUAGUAUUGCCUAAACUGGCUUAAGUGUCAGCUGCGUCUGUAUUUGAAAGAUUAAAAGGAGCAAAGGUUAUAAUGUUCAAAACAGUACCACAUGAGAAAUAUUGUAAAAUCCCAGUGAUGUCAGCAUGUUCAAUAAUAAACUGAUGAAAAAGUGUUUGGUACA